AUUAAAUGCCAUUGAUGAAAAAAUUCAGCAACUUGGACGCUAUUAAAAGGACACUGUCCUCUCUCUAUAUCUUCUCCAUUCGAUGUAAAAUCCCACUCUCAAAAAAAGUAGAACUCCUUGGCGAUCAUCAUGGCUUCUAAGUCUUUCUUGUUGCUCAUGGUUUGCUCGAUCCUAUCAGUCACAUUCCCCCUCACCUCCCAAGCCUCUUUCCGGCCCAAAGCGCUCGUCCUUCCGGUCGCCAAGGACUCCUCGACUCUCCAAUACCUCGCCACCCUACACCAGAGAACCCCCCUAGUCCCCGUUAAACUGACCCUUGACCUCGGCGGUGAGUUCCUCUGGGUCGACUGCAACCAGAGCUUCUCGUCGUCCACCUACAGCCCGGUCCACUGCCGCUCCGCCCAGUGCUCACAAGCCCCCGGGGCACCCCACAAGUUCUGCAGCACCUGCCUCUCCAGAGCCCGGCCCGGGUGCAGCAACAACACGUGCUCGCUCAUCGCGAAAAACACGGUGAUCCAGUUCGUCACCAAUGCCGAUCUGUCCCGGGACGUUGUGUCAGCCAAGUCCACCGACGGGUCGAGGCCGGGACGGGCCGUCUCGGUGCCCGGGUUCGUCUUCUCCUGCACCUACACUUUCCUCCUGGAGGGCCUGGCCAGUGGGGUCAAGGGGAUGGCAGGGCUAGGGAGGGCCGGGACUUCACUCCCCUCCCAAUUCUCAGCCUCCUUCAGAUUUGCUAGGAAGUUUGCCAUUUGCUUGAGCCCAUCCUCAAGCUCCAGUGGAGUGGCCUUCUUUGGUGACGGGCCCUACAUGAUGCGUCCUGGGAUCGAUGUCUCCAAGUUCCUCUACUACACUCCCCUGGUCACUAACCCUGUGAACAGUGUGCCGGGUCAGGUGGGCAACCGCUCAGCAGAAUACUACAUUGAACUCAAGACCAUAGCGGUCAACGGGAAGCCGGUGCCGUUGAACUCGUCCCUCCUGGUCAUCGACAAAGAAGGCUACGGCGGAACCAAAAUCAGCACCGUGGACCCGUACACCGUGUUGGAGACAUCAAUCUACAAGGCCGUGGUCGGGGCUUUCACGAAGGGACUCUCACAAGCCCCCAGGGUAGCGCCGAUUAAGCCUUUCGGAGAAUGUUUCGACUCGAGGAACAUCUCGAGCACGAGGGCCGGGCCGGCCGUGCCGAGGAUCGAUUUGUUUCUCCCGUCUAUGGAUAGGAAGAGGGUGUCGUAUUGGAUGAUGUCGGGGGUGAAUUCGAUGGUGCAAGUGAAGGAGGGUGUGAUGUGCUUGGGCAUUGUGGACGGCGGGUUGAAACCAGUGACUCCAGUAGUGAUCGGAGGGCAUCAAUUGGAGAACCAUUUGCUGCAAUUUGAUCUGGCCUCGUCGGCGCUUGGGAUCAGCUCUUCUCUGCUCUUGAGGCAGACGACCUGCUCAAACUUCAACUUCAAUCCUAAAGCCUAGUGGGAUUCGGUCCCACCGUGAGUUAUUCCUAGCCAAAUAAAAAAUGUGGAAUUAAUGUUUGCUGGUUGAUGAGAUAUUCUAGCAUAUGCUGUCUCUCAUGCGGAAUCUCGUUUACGCUUUGAAAGUUGUCCUUGUCAUUAGAAUUGGACGUGACUAUACUUUAUAAGUUGUUGAAUCUUCAACGGCAUCGCAU